AUGUUUUCUUUUAAUAUUAUUUGCUUUCAUUUUCAUUUCUUUGUUACAUUUUAUUAUUUCUUUUCUUCAUUUAUUUUCCUAAUGUUUCUCACUCUUCUUUGUUAUUCUUUCAUUCUCUCUAUUUCUGAUGUAUAUAUCUUUCUUGCCUUCCCUUUUUCUAACUCUCUCUAUUCUUUCUUUUUCUUCUCUUUACUUUUUUCUUCUUUUAUUUUCUCUUUUUUUCAAUCUCCCACUUCAUCACUUUUUUCUUCCUUUCCAUUCUUCAUGCUCAGUAUUAUCUCCUUUCCUUCCUCCAUUUGUUUAGAUUUCUUCUUUCUUAUCUCCUUUGUAUCUUUCUGCUUUUCCUUCUCUUUUUCCCUCUUUACUUGCUUUUUCCACCUUCAUCUUUUGAGUCUUCUUCUGAGUUUUUUUCUUCUUUGUUCUCCUCUGAGUCUUUUUCUUCUUUGUUCUCUACUGAGUCUUUUUCUUUUUAGCUCUCCUCUGAGUCCUUUUCUUCUUCUGAGUCUUGCGUUCUUUCUUUCUUUCUUUCUUUCUUUAUUUAUUUAUUUAUUUAUUUAUCUAUUUUUCUUUCUUUUUACUUUUUAUUUUUUCUUUCUUUUUACUCUCUUUAUUUUUUUAUGUCUUUCUUUCUUUCUUUUCUUUAUCUCUCUCUCUCUCUCUCUCUCUUUCUCCUCUGAGUCCUUUUCUUCUUCUUCUGAGUCUUUCUUUCUUUCUUUAUUUAUCUAUUUUUCUUUCUUUUUAAUCUCUUUAUUUUUUCUUUCUUUCUUUAUCUCUCUCUCUCUGUUUUGA